AUGUCGUUCUUGGAUCGACGCCUGACAGCGGCGCUCAAGUCUCGUCGCGAACGGUCAAUGCUGCGGACACUCGAACCCCUGUCAUCGGGCACGUCCUCGACGCAAGCCAACUCUGGAACCAGUCCAAGAUCGCUGAUGGACCCCGCAUCCGACCCUGGGCCUUCGCGGCCUCCACCAAUUGAUUUUUCGUCGAACGACUACCUUUCGUUUGGCCGAUCGUCGCUCCUUCGCCAAAACUUUCUCCGCGCGAUCCAAGCUUUCCACCCAUCCCCCUACGGACCGCCUGCAUCGCGAUUACUGGAUGGUAACUCGCCCUUGCACCUCGACUUUGAAGCGCGCCUUUCGACCUUUUUUCGCGGCGAGUCGGCGCUCUUGUUCAAUUCUGGCUUUGACGCGAAUGUCGGGCUUUGGAUGUGCCUCCCGGCCGCGGACGACUACAUCGUAUACGACGACUUGAUUCACGCGAGUGUGCACGACGGGAUGAAGGCUUCGAGAUGUCCCAAGCAGCGGAGACGAGCGUUCCGUCACAACUCGGUCGGCGAUCUGAGGAAUGUCCUCAGGGCCAUCGUUGGGGGGGACCCCAAGGUCCAGCAAGGCACGCGAAACGUGUGGAUCGGAGUCGAAACGCUGUAUUCCAUGGACGGGGAUCUGGCGCCACUGAAGGAGAUUGUCAUGGCCGUGGAAGAGGAGCUACCGAAAAUGAACGGCCAGAUAAUCGUCGACGAGGUCAGUGCAGCAGCAUCCUCGGCCCAGCCUCUCUGGCAUGCUGACCCUUCCCUUCCCUUUGGGGAUGUCCGAGGACGUAGGCGCACUCCACGGGUCUGUAUGGCCCCCAAGGUCGCGGCAUCGUAUGUGCACUGGGAUUGGCGAACCGAAUCGCCGUUCGGCUGCACACCUUCGGCAAGGCUAUGGCAUGCAGUGGGGGUUAGUUCAUUGCCGUCGUUUUGCGGUAGCGCAAUCCGAGCCGAGCUAACCUUUUAUCGAUCCUCGCAGCGGUCGUCCUCGCAUCCUCAUUGAUCCGGUCGUAUUUGAUCAACUAUGCUCGAACUCUCAUCUACUCGACCGCAAUGCCCUACAUGAACGUUAUCGCGAUGCGAGAGGCGAUCGACAUGCUCGACUCGGGCAAGGGCGAUUUGGUGAGUUGGCGGAUGGAGCGCUGCCCUCCUUCCGAAGCACCCAGAUAUUGACUUUUUCGAGUGACCACAGGCCGCGAACCGAGUUCAUUCGUUGUCGACUAUGCUCCUGAACGAGCUCUCGACGUUUCUCAGUCCGACCUCGUUCCCCAUUUCUAUACCCUCAACGCUCAACCUCUUCCCUGCACCCCCGCCACCGAUGGACCCGACGACCUCUCCCAUGGCGACGACGCUCGUCCCGCUCUUCACGACUUCGCCCAUCAUCCCUUUGCUCACGGCUUCCCCACGUCGUUUGUCUCUACAUUUGAUUGAGCGUGGCUUCCUCGUCCGGCCCCUCUUUCAUCCGACUGUGCCCAAAGGGAUGGAGCGAGUGCGCGUGUGCUUGCAUGCCGGCAACACGAAGCAAGAGGUGAGGGACCUAGCCGCCACGAUCCAAAAAUGGGCUUACGAUGAACGGCAGAAAAAGACGGAGCAACACUUGUGA